AUGCCAUCGGACCCUCCCGCACCCGCGGCCUACGAACUAGUGCGCCAGUUUCAGGAGCAGGCGCUCUCGGAGAACGCAGACUACGCGCUCCUGCAACAUUCUAGGGCGCAUCUCCACAACAAACUGAUGCAAAAGAAGUUCUUCCUCAAACAGCUGCGACUGCUGUAUACACAACUGGACAAGACACACAACUACCAGGAGCUUGUCGACGCGCUUGUGGGACACCGCGCCCUGCUACGCGAGAUCUUCGCGAUGGAGCGGGGAGCGCGGCGCGGGCGGCGCGCGCACGCGCCGCCCGCGAUCGCGUGGCAGAAGUACGGUGUGGACGUCGAGCAGUACCUGCUGGCCCAGGAUGACGCGGCAAGCCGCGCGCUCGUGCACGAGAGCGGCUGGGUGUUCCACGACGUGUAG